UAAACACACUAAACAAUGUGCCUUAUGUAUGCAGCAAUUUUGACAUACUCAAAAUAUCAAAGUUUAUCUGGAACAAGUGUGAUGUUAAAAAUAAAAAUAAAGUAAAAAUUCAACUUCAGUGAAAACUGGAGUUUUUCCUACUGGACAGUUUUUACUACUAUUCUUUCAGUUUAUGUUUUAGAACAUAUUUUCAUUGAAACAAAUUUCUCAUAUUAUGUACACGUAUUUUUUGCGUGUUACUUUCCCUUUCCUCUGCUUUAUUCUUAUUUAACUCACUGAUUUGUUGUUGGAGCUCUACAAGUUUAGGAUUUUCCUCACCUUUCAUAUGUUUUUUUUUUCACUGUAAUGUGUAGAAGGUCAGCACUUCAUCCAGGGUGUCCCCCACCUCAUGCCCCGAAUCCCCUGGGAUAGGCUCCAGGCUCCCUGUGACCUUGUGUAGGAUAAGCAGUACAGAAAAUGGAUGGAUGUUCAAAAUUAAUACUGGAGGCAUUGCAGUACAAAUAAUAAUUUAUGUUCAGUCUAUGCACUGACAUUUAUUGUGGGUUCUUUUCUGAUUUAACUUCCACUGUUAUAAAGAUGACACUUUAUCUCCAUACUAUGACCACCACAGCUCUUCUUCCCACACCAAUCAUGGAUCAUGUAUGUAUUCAUUCAUUCAUCAAUUCCUUUUCCUGCUGGUUGUUGUGGUGAGAAGUAUUGGAAGGUCAGCCUCGACUUCUCUAUCCCCGGCCCCUCGUUCCAGACCCUCCUGGAGAAUCCCUAGACAUACCUGAGCCAACUCUAUUUCCAUCCAUCCAUCUUCUAUACUUCUAUCCUACAGGGUUGUGGGGAACCUGGAGCCUAUCCCAAGGACCAUGGGGCACAAGGCGGGGUACACCCUGGACGGGGUGCCGAUCCAUCGCAGGGCACAAUCACACACACAUUCAUACACUAUGGACAUUUUUGGAAAUGCCAAUCAGCCUACAAUGCAUGUCUUUAGACUGGGGGGAGGAAACCGGAGUACCCGAAGGAAACCCCUGCAGCACAGAGAGAACAAGCGAGGUCCGCACACACAGGACAGAGGCGGGAAUCGAGUUAAAUUUUCAUGAUUAUCAUGAGAACAAAUGCCAGUGUUUUAUAUAUGGAGUCCAGUGUAUUAAAUACUGUUUUUGAUGUAGUUUGAGAUCAGACAUUCAUCCGCACGUUUACAACAUUCAUCACAUUUUCACUUUAUCCACACUGCAACAUUUCUAAGCUCAAGCAGUUUUUGUGGCCUUCAUGUGUUUUUUAUUCCUUGGUUUCCGUUAAUGUUUUCUUCCUUGUAAACUGAAGAAUCACGUAAUACUAGGUGUUUUUUUCUGUGCUUAAUGCCUUCUGUGGCCUUUUGUUUCCCCAAGGCAUGACAUCAUAUUCAUUGAGCUGUCAAUCAAACUUGGGGGCGUGCUUAAUUUCUAAACUAUAAAAACAUCUGAGUUGCCUGACCUAUAAUUCAUUUCACCAUAAUGUAACAGAGACUUUUACAUUUUUUUAAUGCAUGUAUUCAUGAACCUGACGGAGUUUAACCAGUCUGAUCUCUGUGAGCAUUUCUCCUGUCCAGAGAGAUCCUUAUCUCCUGCAGUUUAUAUCUUACUGUACGUGUGUUCAGCUUCUGUGGUUCUUCUAACAGUGUGUGGAAAUAUGCUCGUCAUCAUCUCUGUUCUUCACUUCAAGCAGCUUCACACACCAACAAACAUGCUCAUGCUCUCUCUGGCGGUGUCGGAUUUCCUUGUUGGUGCUUUAGCGAUGCCACCAACGUUAAUCUGGGCAGUUGAGUCGUGUUGGAUUUUUGAUAAGCGGUACUGCAUCAGUUUUUUUAUGAUUUCUUAUAUUCUAACGAGCCUCUCCAUAUAUAAUAUCACUCUGAUUGCUGUGGAUCGGUAUCUGGCUCUCUCAAACCCCUUUCUCUACAUGAACACAAUCUCUAGUAGGACUAUGUGCAUUGUGGUUUUUUCCAACUGGUGUGCUUCUCUGGUGUAUAACAUAUCACUCUGUUAUUUUAACAGAAGCUUCACACGUUCUGUAAUGUGUCCUGGAGAAUGUUAUCUUUUUCUAAAUGAGGUUUGGACUGUAAUUGACCUUGUAAUAACGUUUAUAUUUCCAUGUUCUAUCAUAAUCAUAUUGUAUACUCGAGUGUUUGUGAUUGCUAAGAAACAUGCCACUGCUAUCAGAGAGCUUAAUAAUCACACACGGCCUAAAACACAGAAAAUCACCUCACACUCGAUGAAAUCUGAGAGAAAAGCAGCUAAAGUCCUGGGCAUUUUAGUGUCUGUGUUUCUGAUGUGUUUACUUCCGUAUUUUAUUUACAGUUUAUUAGGUGAUGUUAUUGAACUACAGACAGAAAUUAUUCAGAAAGUUUUUAUUGUACUUUAUCUUAAUUCCACCAUUAAUCCUGUUAUUUAUGCUCUGUUUUACCCGUGGUUUAGGAGGUGCAUUAAAUUAAUUAUAACUCUGCACAUAUUCCAAACUGACUCUACAUUAAUCAAUAUUCUUUCAUGA